AUGGCUAGUAUCCAAACAGUCAGUUAUUCCUUCUUAGUGAAUGGAGAAGUUCGGGGUUAUGUUCGACCAUCUAGGGGUAUUAGACAAGGUGAUCCAUUGUCACCUUAUCUAUUUAUCUUAUGUGCUGAAGGGUUGUCUUCUCUGAUUGAGUUUUUUGCACAGCAGCAAUGGAUUCACAGUAUCAAGGUUACUCCUACUGCACCGAUUUUGCAUCAUUUAUUGUUUGCAGAUGAUAGUUUUUUGUUUGGCUCUGCAACUGAAGAGGAAUAUAUCCUUGGGGUGCAAAGGGUGGAUAAACAUGAGAACUAUCUUGGCUUGCCUACCCAUGUUGGAAGAUCAAAGACAGCUGCACUCGCUUACUUGAAAGAGAAACUUACAAAGAAAGUCGUCAACUGGAGAGCCAAAUUAUUAAGCGGUGCAGGUAAAGAAAUUUUAAUUAAAGCUGUUACUCAAACCGUUCCAAUGUAUGUGAUGAACUGCUAUAUGCUCCCUUUGGGUCUCUGUGAUGAUAUGCAUCAGUUAUGUGCUGGUUUCUGGUGGGGGGAUUCCGAGGAGAAAACUAAAAUUCACUGGAGAUCUUGGGAACGGUUAUGUGUUUCUAAGAAGGAGGGUGGUAUGGGCUUUAAGAACUUGCAUUGGUUUAAUAAGGCUAUGUUGGCUAAACAAAGUUGGCGGUUGCUACAGAAUCCAAAUUCAUUGCUAGCUAGAUUGUAUAAAGCUAUUUAUUUUCCUAAUGAUGAGUAUCUCACAGCUGGUUUAGGGGAUACACCCUCAUUUUCAUGGAGGAGCAUUGUGGAAGCUAGGCAGGUGUUAGUACAGGGUCUCAGAUGGCAGGUUGGGAAUGGUGAGCGUAUUGAGAUAUGGAAUCAUAAUUGGAUUCCAGAUGUGUACCCCAGAGGGCCAUCUUCACCUCCUCCGUAUGAUGCACCCCGUUUUGUUGAGGAGCUUAUUGACCCAAUUACUCGGAGUUGGGAUGUAAAUCUACUUGCCAGGAACAACCAAUUAUGGGAACAUAAGAGACAACAUGUAUCUGAGGCUGUGUUGCUCACUAUGGCCGGCAACAAGAAAGGGGGGGGUGCUGGAGUUGUGAUCCGAGAUGCUAAUGGUGAUUUUCAAGUUGGUGCUGCUAGACCUCUCCCUUUAGUAACGUCACCUUUCCAUGCAGAAUUGAUGGCGUUAAAGGAAGGGAUCAAUUUGGCAGUGGCAUUACAGAAUGAGUAG